GGCACAGCUGACUGCAGCAACAAAAAUACGGAGCAACGGCAAACUACAAUAAUAGCUCGUAAACUAACUCGCAAUAAAAAGCAACAACGAAGCAGUUGUAAGAUAAACGGUCUACAGAAUGCAGUUCUCUUGGAUGAAGCUAGCCAUUUAUCUGUUGACAUUUCUUACAUACGCCUACUCGGGCUAUGGCUCCAGCACCAUUGUACAUCUACGGGAUGCCAUAAUAGCAGCAGAGGCAAUUUUCGGUGAUGUUUUUAAAAAUUUAAUCACGGUUGUACGUAAGUUUCGCACGGUUCAUGAAGUGUUUGAUGCAGCGGUCGAGGAAAAUUGCGUGUUCCAUUGUCCAGCACCUGAUGGAGGCACACCGCCACGACCCGUGCAGAAUAAAUUUUAUACCCCCACCGCUGAUGGCUGUGGCUCACUGGGCUUGCGAAUUAGCACAGAGUACCUGCCAGCUGCAGAAAUGGAGACUUGCUGCAAUGCCCACGACAUUUGCUACGAUACCUGCAAUAGUGACAAGGAGUUGUGUGAUUUGGACUUUAAAAGGUGCUUGUACAGAUACUGCGACAGUUAUGAGAAAUCUAUAGCCAGCGACUUGAUGAUUAAGAGCUGCAAGGUGGCCGCCAAGAUGUUAUUUACGGGCACGAUUACAUUAGGUUGUAAGUCUUACCUGGAUUCGCAGCAGCGAUCAUGUUACUGCGCAUCCAGACAAGGUAACUCAAAUUUUAAUGGAUACAAACAAGCCAAUAGCAAGGAGAAGCAACAACGCCAAAAAUAUGGCUGGAAGGAUCGCAACGAAAUUUAGCUUAAUAUCAAAAAAUUCAGAUGCAUACGUGUUAUUUGUUGUUUUGUGUUAGUUUUCAAUUGUAUUUGCGAGUGUUUUACCAACCCCUGACGAAUUUUUAAAAUUGACGCACUAUACAAUAAAAAAUCUCAGUAUUUUUAUACCAAGCCAAAUAAAA